AUGGAGAACGACUCUUACCAACAAGGCUACUACGGUGGUGGCCGGCACAUGCCCUCUGCUGCGAGCACCGCAGUGCCAACUCCCACCCACCGGCCUAGCACACCCAACGAUGUUGGCCGCAAUCCCUUCAGCGACGGUGUCGAGUCCCAAGCCUCGCACCGAACUGGCAACACAGGACCGAAUCCCUUCGCCUCUCCCUCGGCAUCUCGCCCUGCUUCUAGCUUCGGCUCUUCCUCAGCUGUCGGCCAACGCUACGAAGAGCGGGGACAACGGUAUUUCCACUCUCGCCGAGUGCGUAAGGGUGAGGUAGAGAAGCCGUGGUUGAAGAGGAGAGACCCCAAGGAGAAGUGGGUCACGAUCCUGCCCAUUAUUGGUAUCUUCAUUGGUCUGGGCCUGUCCGGCUUCCUUGUCUGGGACGGUAUCAGCAGUGUCGUCAAGCACAAAUAUUGUCUGGUCCUCGAUGAUUCCUUUGGCAAUGGUCUCGACACGUCGGUUUGGACGCACGAGAUCCAGGUUGGCGGCUUCGGCAAUGGCGAGUUCGAGCAGACCACUAACUCGGAGGAGAACGUCUAUGUUGAGAAUGGUCACCUGUUCAUCAAGCCCACUCUGCAGGAUUCUGCUCUCAUCGAGAAGGACAGCGUCAUCGAUCUGACGAAGCAAGGCUGCACGGGUACUACCGCCAGCGACUGCAUUGCUGUCACUAAUACCACGUCUGGUAAUGCUACCAUUGUCCCGCCGACCAAGUCGGGUCGCAUCACCACCAAGAAUGGAGCCACCAUCAAGUAUGGCCGUGUCGAGGUCACUGCCAAGCUGCCCGUAGGUGACUGGCUGUGGCCCGCUAUCUGGAUGAUGCCCGUCAAGGAUACUUAUGGUGCAUGGCCCGCGUCUGGCGAGAUCGACAUCAUGGAGUCCCGUGGUAACAACUGGACUUAUGCCCAAGGCGGCAACAACAUUGCAUCAUCCGCUCUUCACUGGGGUCCUAACCCAGCCAACGAUGCGUGGUGGAAGACCAAUGUCAAGCGCUCCGCUCUCCACACCACGUACUCUGCUGGUUUCAACACCUUUGGCGUCGAGUGGUCGCAGAAAUACCUUUUCACAUAUAUCAACUCCCGCCUGCUUCAAGUUCUGUACACCAACUUCGACAAGCCUCUGUGGAAGCGCGGCGAUUUCCCUCUAUCCACCAACAACGUAACUAGUCUCUGGUCACAGACCGGCCGAGACAAUACGCCAUUUGACGAGCAAUUUUACUUGAUCCUCAACGUCGCCGUCGGCGGAACCAACGGUUGGUUCGAGGAUGGCAAGAGUGGCAAGCCAUGGCUGGAUGGGAGCGACAAUGCCAAGAAGGACUUCUGGCAAGCUCGCGACAGCUGGUAUCCCACUUGGACGCAACCUGCCAUGGAGAUUAGCCGAGUCCUCAUCCAGCAGCAAUGCGAUGGCAAUGAGGAGCUGUAA